GGAGAAUCUGGCCAGGGUCCGACCUCGAUCAAGCACGCGAAUCGCUCGCUUAGCACUAGCGUGGCAAGGUCGUUGUCGUAGGCUAUCGUUUAACACACACGUGACAUUUUGCGAACAUAACAAACUGACUUUUGCUGGUGGUUUUUGAGGGUUUUUGAACAGGAAUCGAACCCGAACUGAUGUGAGUGCAGAGUCAGAAAGAUCUUCGAGAUUGGAAUUAGUUUCCUAAAAUGGUAUUUUGCUGUCAAGCGAUGAAAGGAGAAAUAAUAAACUGCUCCACUCACAAGGACAUUUAUUUUUUGGAGACCAACACGAAAAAUGAGAGCACGGAUUUAUCCAAUUUAUUUGCUUCGCCGGCAGGAAAGGAAAUGUUAAAGUACAAACCAAGACCGAAACAUAAACAGAAACUGAACCCCGCCUUAGAAUAUUUAAUACAAAACCAAAGCAACAGCCAUCAAAUAACGGAAAGCCAGGACAGCCAAAAGAGCGGUAGUUGUAAAUUAACAGAAAAAAGUAUAGCAGGCUCGUCGAGCUCGUCGAGUGUUUCGGUGUCAGUAGAGGAAACGGUGGAAAAUCGAAGUAGGCGGAAUAGUAUAGACCUUUACGAGGAGGCGGCCACGAUAUUGGGACUGACGUGUGCUCAAACUGACGACUGCAAAUGUUUAGAAUGUCAGUGUCAUUAUUUUGAUUUUGAAGAAGACCUGGACUUUCCGCCUGGAGCAGAGUGCAUGAUGGAUCACAGCUCAUCCUGCUGUAUACAAUAACAUAACCGAAGUUAAAGGCUGAAUUAAUAGAAUACUACUUGCUCCACCUUUUGUAUAAAUAUUCCCCCCACCCCUCGAAAAAGAAACCCUGAAAUAAAUGCGUGCUAUCGCGCAACAAUGAUAUAUUGGGAUAAAUAUUUAGAAGAUUUUUAUCUUUAUAAUCUCAUCGGUUUUUGUUAUAUUUGAUACCAAUGGCUUUUUAUCGUAAAUAGGAUUUAAAUUUACAUAUUUUUGUAAAUCUCCUAACAACAAAAGUUUUGUCUUAUUUUUUUUUUAGAUUUCGGCCUCGUUAAUUGUAAUUUGUCAGUGUAAUUAAUUUAUUAAUAAGACAUUUUUAUAAAAUGCAUUAUCUUCAAAAUCAAGCUAGGUUACCUAGAAAAUUUAUUU